AGGGAUGUCAAGCCUAUAAAAGGCGAUACUAAAACGGGUACUACUCGUUCAAUCGCAACAGCUCCGACUACGAGGACCCUGCCUCACGCCGAGAAAAAUACAUAGUGACCAUUGCCAGAAUUCAACUAUAAACACAGUGCAGCAUGUCUCAAACAAUGAACUCGCUUCUACGAUCAGUGCUACUGACAAAUCAUCGAAAAUUCGUCGCAGAAUGCAAGCGCAUUAUGGAAGAACAACGACGUCAGAAACGACUUCAAGAACUCAUGUCCGGUUCCAGCUCCGACGACAGCAAUUGCAGCAAUGACAGUCUUGAUUUGAGUUUAAGUUCUAGCUCAAGUGACAGCUCCAGUGAUGACAGUUUCAAUUUAAGCUUAAGUAUUAGUUCGAGCGACAGUUCCAGCGUUGAUAGACUUAGCGCAAGCUCAAGUUCUAGCUUAACUGGCAAUCCUAGCGAUAACAGUGUCAAUGCAAGCUUUAGUUCUAGCUCUAGCGACAGUUCUAGCGACGACAGUCUUAAUUCCAGCUCAAGUUCUAGAGCGACAGUUCUAGCGACGACAAUGUUAAUUCAAAAUCAAGUUCUAGCUCGAGCGACAGUUCUAGCGAUGACAAUCUUAAUUCAAGCUCAAGUUCUAGCUCGAGCGACAGUUCUAGCGAUGAAAAUUCAGACACUGGCGAUAUUUAAUAGUUAUAUGUAUGCUCUAUUAAGGUACAAUGUAAUUUUAAAAAAAUUAAACCGAUUUAGAUUUAAUUGUUUAUUGAUAUAUUGAUUAAAUUGUACAACGAAU